AUGUCUCCAAAGGCUGUGUACUAUACACAUUCCUUUGAGAUGCGCUCCUUCCCGCUUGAGAAUAACUUGCCCGAAGAUGAAGAGCAGCUCAAAGCAGGUGUCAAGCCAGAUUUUCAAGGGGAAGUCAUUGAUUUGCUGCAAAAGGGACGGAAGGAUCCUCUCGCAGGGGGAAUCACAAAUGCUCAACAACCUCUAGCUUCUUAUGUCAACAAAUUCAAGGGUAUAAAAGGUCUCCAGGCUUUCCUUGUCGUAGGAAAAUGGAGCGUAGAGACCGUGUCAACAACGCUAAGGGGCAAAGAGCUAUACGGAAAGUCGAGCCAGAUGAUUCAAGCUACAGUGAAGGAAUUGAUUGGGUUUGAACCAAAAAUUGUCACCUAUGACGUUACAGGGUACGCUUCCUCUGCUGGAGGAUCGGAGCAUGGCUCGCAAGAUAAGCGCAACAGCGUUACCAUCAAAGAACGAUCAGGAAGAGGCUCCCAAGAUGGCUCCGGAAUGUCUGACGCUACUGAUGAGUUCUAUAUCAAUAACGCUGAAGGAUACGUGUUGUACGAGUACGACCCUCUAGAGUACCGCCUCAUCGUGGAGAGAACAGUGGUGGCUACUGGUACGGCCGACCCUGAUAAGUGA